CGCGGGAGCCCCCGCCAUGGGCCAGCGAGAAUCCGGGACGGGCGCGCCGGGGCGGGCCGGAGCUGGAGGAGGGCCACGGCGCAGACCCGUGGGCUGCCUGGAGCUGGUCCUGCCGGGAGUUGGCUUGCUGCGCUCAGUUCCUCAGCUCGGGUAGCUCUGUCGGAGUCUGCGCGAUGGGCGACCCGGAAAGGCCGGAAGCGGCCGGGCUGGAGGAGGAUGAGCUGUUGUCUUCGGAUACAAGCGAAAUUGCGGUGAGGUCAAAUGAAGAGCCACUCCUAAGAAAGAGUUCCCGCCGGUUUGUCAUCUUUCCAAUCCAGUACCCCGAUAUUUGGAAAAUGUAUAAACAAGCACAGGCAUCUUUCUGGACCGCAGAAGAGGUUGACUUAUCAAAGGACCUCCCUCACUGGAACAAGCUUAAAUCAGAUGAGAAGUAUUUCAUCUCCCACGUCUUAGCCUUUUUUGCAGCCAGUGAUGGAAUUGUCAAUGAAAACUUGGUGGAGCGUUUCAGUCAGGAGGUGCAGGUUCCAGAGGCCCGCUGUUUCUAUGGCUUUCAGAUUCUCAUCGAGAAUGUUCAUUCAGAGAUGUACAGUUUACUAAUAGAUACUUACAUCAGAGAUCCAAAGAAAAGGGAAUUUUUGUUUAAUGCAAUUGAAACAAUGCCAUAUGUUAAGAAAAAAGCAGACUGGGCUCUGCGCUGGAUAGCAGAUAGAAAGUCUACUUUUGGGGAAAGAGUGGUGGCCUUCGCUGCUGUGGAAGGCAUUUUCUUCUCUGGGUCAUUUGCUGCUAUAUUCUGGCUGAAGAAGAGAGGCCUCAUGCCCGGACUCACUUUUUCAAAUGAGCUGAUCAGCAGGGAUGAGGGACUCCAUUGUGACUUUGCUUGCCUGAUGUUUCAGUACUUGGUAAAUAAGCCUUCAGAAGUAAGGGUCAGGGAGAUCAUUAUGGAUGCUGUUAAAAUUGAGCAGGAGUUUUUAACAGAAGCCUUGCCUGUCGGCCUCAUUGGGAUGAACUGUGUUUUGAUGAAACAGUACAUUGAGUUUGUAGCUGACAGGUUGCUUGUAGAACUUGGAUUCUCAAAGAUUUUUCAGGCAGAAAAUCCCUUUGAUUUUAUGGAAAACAUUUCGUUAGAAGGGAAAACCAAUUUCUUUGAGAAACGAGUUUCUGAGUAUCAGCGCUUUGCAGUCAUGACGGAAACCACAGAUAAUGUCUUCACCUUGGAUGCAGAUUUUUAAAGCCCUCCUCAUCUAAAACAGUAUUGUAGAAGCCAGGGAUGGUUGCACAUACCUUUAAUCCCAGCACUCAAGGGAGGCCAAGGCAGGUGGAGUUUGAGGACUGUCGGGGCUACACAUAGAGCUGUUUCAAAACCAAGAUAAUAAUAGCAAAAGCGAACUAACAAAGAAAACCACAUAGAAACCUGUCGUUGGUAAAUAGCAAUUUAUUUUUCUGUCCUUUUAAAACCGAGCAUCUCCUUUAAGGGAAUGGGAGUUUGACUAGAAGGAAAUGUAAAACUAAAUUCUAAACAAUUGAUUUAUCUAAAUGCACUUCAGUUAUUUAUACAAUGAGAGCGUGUGACCUAAAUGCCUGUUUUGUUUGUUUGUUUAUUUGUUUGUUUGUCAUGAGCACAAAGAGCAAUAAGAGCAUGGAUUGAUGAGUCAGGUAUGAGUUUGACAUUCUACCCUUACUCCUUUGUGUGACCUUGGUGGGUCAGUUAACCACUGUAAACUUCAGGGCACUUAUCUGUAAUUUGUGUAAUAGCAAGUCCCAAAUUCAUGGGGUGACAGAAGGAUUAAUACACAGAAAUAAAUUUCCCUCCACUA